AUGCUUGGAGCUAGAGCCUUUGCAAAUAUGUCUGCAGUUUGGUUUGCAGUGGAGAUUGGGAGUUUGCGGAUUGUGCUAUCCAUUGCAGCUGUGCAGAAUUGGCACUUACAUCAACUAGAUGUAAAUACGGCCUUCUUACAUGGUGAUCUUUCGGAGAAAGUUUACAUGAAACAUCCACCCGUGUUGAAUGUUUCUUCACCAAACAUGGUGUGUAGGUUGGACAGAUCUCUUUAUGGCCUAAAACAGGCAAGCAGGCAGUGGAAUUCAAAGUUGUGUGAUGCUCUAAGAGCAAUUGGCUUCCAACAAUCCAGAAAUGAUUACAGCCUGUUCACUAAAGAUUCAAAAGGAGGAUUCACUGUUAUUUUAGUUUAUGUUGACGAUUUGAUUGUAACAGGGACAGAUUUAAGGGAGAUUGAAUUCAUCAAGCAUCACUUGCAUGAGCUAUUCAGAAUCAAGGACCUGGAAGAGCUUAAAUUCUUCUUGGGGUUGGAGGUGGCUCGAUGCAGGAGGGGCAUCACUGUAUGUCAGAGAAAAUAUUGCAUCGACCUUCUCAAAGAGUAUGGGUUACUCGAAGCCAAAACAGUUUCGACACCUAUGGACUACACAGUGCCAUUGUCAAAGAAUUCUGGAACUCCAUUAAGCUCAACUUCAGAAUACAGGAAGUUAGUUGGAAAACUGUUGUACUUGACCAACACCAGACCGGAGAUUGGAUAUGCAGUUGGAAAACUCAGUCAAUUCUUGGAUUGUGCCACAGAUAAACACUUUGAAGCUGCCAUUAGAGUAUUAAGGUAUCUCAAGGGAGCACCAGCACUUGGGUUGAUGUUUUCAGCUCAUUCAGACUUAGAGCCAGCGGGAUACUCAGACAGUGAUUGGGGGACAUGUUCGGAUAGUAAAAGAUCAAUAUCUGGGUAUUGUUUUUUUUUUGGGAACUUCAAUUGUAUCUUGGAAGAGUAA